AUGUCGACACCAACAUCGACUUGUCGCAUUUGUGAGUUGCUAUUUAUUUUGCUGUGGCUAUCAGCAAGUGGCCAGGCAGGUUAUCCUCCCGCGUUUAACCCCAAUACGCAGCUGUUGAAUCAGAUACUAGGCUAUGUGAACGAGAGUGUUGCAGCGUGCAAUGAUUAUUAUAAAUACGCGUGUGGCAAGUGGGGUGAGAAACAUGAGAAUGAUAGCUUUUCGGAGAUAACUGGACUUAUUGAUCAUAAGGUAAACGAGAACCUCAUCGUGCUCAUGAAUGAGCUGCAGCAGCGUCCACUGGAACCAGGCAGUGUAGAGGACAAGGUCUUAACCUUCUAUCAAACCUGUCGGCAAGCAUCGGAAUCAACACGCUUGAGUAGGACUUACCUUGAGCUAGUUCCGCCAAAUGAGCAAAUACCUUGGCCGCAGUUGAAGCGCCGCCCUGAUCACUGGAGCAGCAUAAAGUUUCAGUGGAUGGAAACAUUGGCACGCCUGCGACGCUAUGGCCUGACCAAUGUCAUUUUCAAGCUCGAAGUGUUGCCGGAUCUGAAGAACAGCAGCAAGUACACCGUAAGCAUUGACAGGCCCUACUUUGAGCAUAAGGAUCAACGGCUCAGAGGCACUCUGCUGACCAUGCUGACACUACGCAUGUUGGGCAUCAACAGUGAAAAGGCGUGGACUUUAGCGCGGAAAGUCAAGCUGUUUGAGUCUGCGGUACGUGAACUGGUCGAAAUGGAGUAUGAGGAAAAAUCGGAGUUCUACGAAGAGCUGAGCCUGCAACAGCUAGAAGUGCACACUGGCGGUCAAUGGCGAAAGUAUUUGGAGAUUGUGCUGGGCCGCAAUGUGCCCGCUGACUAUGUUCUGCAAGUAGAAAAUUCGGCUUGUUUAACCGCGCUUAUGCAUUUGGUCAAUGGCUGGAAUCGUGAGGUGGUGGCCACUUAUAUAAUGUUGCACUUUGUCUCCUAUGUGCAGAAGGAGACCAUGCAAAGUGACGAGCCCAUCGAAUGCAUUCAGGAUGUGCGCCGCAACAUGGAGCUGGCCACAAAUCUGCUCUACGAGCAGCGCUUUAUUGGCUCGGACAAGCUGCGACAGCAUCAGUCCGACGUAUUGGAUCUCUUUCACUUGCUGCGCCAACAGUUCCUCAAGAAGCUUGACGCCAAUAGUCUACAGCUGUUGGCUAGCGAGGUGCAAAUGCUGAGAGCCAAGAUGCUCAACAUGACCAUCAACGUGGGGAAUAUGCCCAACACUGCAGAUCGUACCAGCUUUGUGAAGCGCUACUAUGCCGAUUUGCACCUUGCUAAGGAUCGUAACUAUGCUCUGAAUCAUCUGCGCCUAUUGGAGUUUCGUACGCGUCGCUGGUUUGAGCAGUUGGAUGGGGCACUUAAUGCGACCAACUUCUUCUUUAUAUCCGAUUCGGAGACAGGCAUGAGCUCAACACCAUACUAUUUGCUGCGGCAAAACAUAAUUAUUGUACCCUAUGGCAUACUCCAGGAGCCCAUUUUCCAUCACGACGCACAUGAUAUAUUUAAAGUCAGCCUGCUGGGCUUCAUGUUGAGCCACGAGCUAAUGCACGGAUUUGUCUCUGGUGGCUUUAUUUUCGAUUUCAGAGGUAACUACAAUAAACUGGGCAAACGAAUCAUAAUGGAAAGUGAGUAUUCAUCGGGCAUUAGCUGCCUCAACCGCAAUGAAACCGAUUAUCUGGAUGAACGCGAGGCGGAUAUUGCGGGUAUACGCCUGGCAUAUGACGUUUACUUUGGUCCUGGCUCCAAAUUCAAUCUGGCACAGCCCAGUUUCACGAAUCUCUCGCUGAAGCAGCUGUUCUUUCUAAAUUUGGCGCAGUUCUUCUGUGGCAAUACGACACCAGAUGACUUUGCGGAUCACGAUGCGGAUGAGUUGCGCUUAAAGCAAAUGCUGAUCAAUUUCUCAGCCUUUGCUGAGACACACGGUUGUCGCGAAGAUCUUGACAAUAUGCACCCGGCUCAAAAGUGUCGACUGUGGUAAUUGUCAGAAAUUAAUCCAUCACUUAAAAACCUCAAGAAGAUUUCAUUAUUAUUAUUUAAAUAUUUCAAUUCUACUACUGGCUAAUUCCUCAUAAUUUAAAUUAAACUUUCUCUACUGCAAGUAAUUCAUUAAAGUUAA